GUUUUGAAGUGAUAGACAAAGCUAUUAGGGACAUACUCGACUUCUCUUGGUGAAAGUGAAAUUGGAUGUCGAAUGCAUGUAGGUUAUACGCAAUGCAAAAUAAAACUGAGUUUAUCUGCAAAGAGGAAAAGGAACUAGAAACUAUUCAGAAAUCGACGCCUGAAAUGAAUAUAAAUAUCAAAGAUCCCAUUGUAUGUGAGUCAUGCUUCCAUUCUCCGUGCAGUCACAGCAGUUUCCUAGAAAAUUGCUUACAAGAAGAAAAAGUUAGAAGUAGUUCAGCCACAAAAAGUCAAAUAGAUACGUUGCCAUCUGAUUUAUUCAUUAAGAUUGAACACCCGGACAUUGAAAUCAGUAUUAACGAGAUGGAAAUGCCCAUCAAAACUGAAUGUGUUGACAUAAAGCCGGAAUAUGAGGAAAUGAGGAACACGUCACCGCGGUGCUCCGAUAAUGGAUCAUUGGCAAACAGUGACUGUAAAGAUGCAAAAGAGGAUGGAUGUAAAUAUGAUGUAGGCAAAUACAACGAAUUGCCAGACACGGACACUACACAACAACCAAUUUAUAAAUGCGAUGAUUGCAACUACAAAUCAAAGAAUAAGAGGCUUUUUAUCAAACAUCAGUUGGCACAUAAGGAUCCUUUGCAAGUGCAAACGUACAGGUGUUACAGUUGCGAUUAUCAAACCAUGUACAGGGAUUAUAUGAUACGGCACCAACUGAAGCAUAAAGAUCCUUCACAGGUUCAAAUGUACAGGUGUAACAUCUGCAAUUACGAAACUAAACUAAAGACAAACAUCAAAAUACACUAUCUGAAGCAUAAAGAUCCUUCACAAGUCCAAAUGUACAAGUGUGACGUCUGCGAUUAUGAAACCAAAUAUAAGGGUGCUGUCAAACAGCACCAACUGAAACAUAAAGAUCCACCUCAGGUUCAAAUGUACAGGUGUAAGGACUGCGAUUACGAAACUAAAUACAAGAGGCAUAUCAAACAGCACGAACUAAAGCAUAAAGAUCCUUCACAGAUUCAAAUAUACAAGUGUAACGACUGCGACUAUGAAACUACAGACAGGAGUUAUAUCAAAAAGCACGAACUUAAACAUAAAGAUCCUUCUCAGGUUCAAAUGUACAGGUGUAACAUCUGCGAGUACGAAACUAAAUUAAAGACAAACAUCAAAAUACACCAUUUGAAGCAUAAACAUCCUUCGCAAGUCCAAAUGUACAAGUGUAACGUCUGCGAUUAUGAAACCAAAUAUAAGGGUGCUGUCAAACAGCACCAACUGAAACAUAAAGAUCCAUCUCAGGUUCAAAUGUACAGGUGUAAGGACUGCGAUUACGAAACUAAAUACAAGAGGCAUAUCAAUCAGCACGAACUUAAGCAUAAAGAUCCUUCACAGGUUCAAAUGUACAACUGUAACGACUGCGGUUACGAAACAAAAUACAAGUACGACAUCAAACAGCACCAACUGAAACAUAAAGAUCCUACGCAGGUUCAAAUGUACAGGUGUAACGAUUGCGAUUACAGAACAAAAUACAAGAGAAAUAUCAGACUGCACCAAGUGAAACAUAAAGAUACAUCUGCGAUACAAAUGUACAAGUGUAACGAAUGCGAUUAUGAAACUAAGUACAAGGCGAAUAUCAAACAGCACGAACUGAAGCAUAAGGAUCCUUCAGAGAUUCAAAUAUAUAAGUGUAACCACUGCAGUUAUGAAACUAAAUACUGUAGUCAUAUCAAAAGGCACCAACUAACCCAUCGAGAUCCUUCCCACAUUCCAAUAUAUAGGCGUGAGGACUGCUGCUAAUACUGAAGUUAUAUCAAACAGCACCUACUGAAAAAUAAAGAUCCUUCACAGGUUCAAAUGUACCUACAGGUCUAACGACUGCGAUUAUGAAACAAAAUACAAGAGUAAUAUGACGUGUCACAUGUUGAAGCAUAGAAAGGCUUCUUAUAUUCAAAUGUAAGGUUCUGAUUUGCUAAAAAUUAAACUCUUA